CACAUUAUGUCAGUGGAAGGCCAAGACCGAUCCGUGUAAACAUUGCCAUUCACAAUGCAGGCCCUAUACUACGUCACCCACUGAAUGCCAGCAUUACAGGCCUAAAGGUAUCUUUUAAGGACAAGAUGUCACGAACCAAUCAAGCUGUCAGACAGAUGCACAAACAAACGACUAUACAGGAGACUACCACAGACCCCACACACCGAUGGAGAAAAAGAAGACGGAAAAAGAAAGCCUCACAUGACCCCACCUGGACACCAGACCAGUCACAUGACUCCACCUGGACACCAGACCAGUCACAUGACCCCACCUGGACACCAGACCUGUCACAUGACCCAACCUGGACACCAGACCAAUCACAUGACCCAACCUGGACACCAGAGCAAGCGGACCUGGACAAUUCCAACCAUACCCAGAAUCGGCAGAAACUCCGAGCGGCGAGGAAAAGAACCCGGCCGCUUGCCAAAUUGCCACCGAUAGCAGGCCUCACAAAGAGACCCAAAGUCACUG